CCCACUACAGUGAUCUAUUCCCGUCGCCCUUGCCCAAUUCGCCUUUCUCUCUUCCCUCGUCCCCUCUUCCUCUUUUCUCUCUCUCCUCCUAGAAACAGGGCGUGUUCUUAGGCGUGUACUCGUUUUAGACUUGUAGUGUCUCUUUUCUACAAGCAUGGCUGACAGAGGCGGCUUCGAUCGCGGCUUUGGCCGCGGGGACCGCGGGGGGCGCGGAGACAGGGGCCGCGGGGACAGGGGGCGCGGGCGGCGCAGACGCGCGGACGAUAAGGAGGAGGCGUGGGUGCCAGUGACUAAGCUCGGGCGGCUCGUGAAGGAGGGGAAGAUUAAAUCCAUCGAGCACAUUUACCUUUUCUCGCUGCCGAUUAAGGAGCACCAGAUCGUGGAGGCGUUCCUGCCGACUCUUAAGGAUGAGGUGAUGAAGAUCAUGCCCGUGCAGAAGCAGACGCGCGCCGGGCAGCGUACGCGUUUUAAGGCGUUCGUCGUCGUCGGUGACUGCAACGGUCACAUCGGCCUCGGCGUGAAGUGCGCUAAGGAGGUCGCGACCGCCAUUCGCGGCGCGCUCAUCCUCGCGAAGCUGUCCGUGAUUCCCGUGCGGCGCGGGUACUGGGGUAACAAGAUCGGCAAGCCCCAUACCGUGCCGACCAAGGUUACCGGGAAGUGCGGCUCGGUCACCGUGCGGCUCGUGCCCGCGCCGCGUGGUUCCGGAAUUGUCGCGGCGCGCGUGCCGAAGAAGGUGCUCCAGUUCGCGGGCAUCGAGGACGUGUUCACGUCGUCGCGCGGGUCCACGAAAACGCUCGGCAAUUUCGUGAAGGCCACCUUCGCCUGUCUGCUCAACACGUACGCCUUCCUCACGCCCGACCUGUGGCACGCCACCAAGUUCACCAAGACGCCCUUCCAAGAGUUCACCGAUUUCCUCGCCAAGCCGCACAAGCUCGCUCUCCCCGUGGCUGUUCCCGACGCCUUCGAUGCUCCCGCUCCCGCUGCUGCCGCUCCUGUUCCUGCUUUCUAGAUGAGGCGGCGGGGAAGAAGAUGAGAACGGGCUUGUUUGUAGAAUCAAUGUCCAAAUGCACAUGCUGGAAUGAUGGUGUUUCAAGACAAGCUUGGCUCCUCAUCUGUAGCCCCUCCUCUCGCUCAGCACCAUGACAACAUGCCUCUGGCAUGCCAUCAAAUUCACCAAGUCGCCUUUCCAAGAGUUGUGUGAUUUUCUUGCCAAGCUGCACACGCUUUAGAUGCUCUUGCCCUUGUUGCUUCCUGUUGGAAAUAUCUCAAGGACUUAAGCGUUUCUGAAGUGUAACACUGUACUCGAGGAAGAU